AUGACCGGCAAGGCCUGUUGGGCUUGUGGCCUCAAGUACGCCCAGGUGGCCCAUGUUGUGGCCAAAGAAGACAGCACGAUUGAGCUGCUAGAUGAGCGUGGGCUCAUGAACUUCCAUCUUAGGUCGAAGAUGAACGCUGUGGCGCUGUGCCGGAAUUGCCACUACAAAUUCGACGAAGCAAGCGACCCGGGGCUGGUAUUUUUUCCAGCCGAUCUCGAUUACUUCAUAGAAUUCGAGCUCCAAGAUCGCGCCAGACGACAGAGACUGCGCGAUAAGGGAAGGAGCCCGCGCCGAAGGGCUCCGACAGAUAAAGAUUAUCGGCAGCAUCAGGUAGAGCACGGCCAAAUCACGGCUGAUGCAGAUGGCGGACUCUACAGGAUCAUCUACCUGGAGACGGGGAUUAGCGGCACUCAAGCUGCCAUCACCAAGUCCUGGAAUGGGGCGCCGAUGGCCACCCUGCGGCGAGGAAUCGCAUGUCUUGGAACCCCCCGCAUCGAAGCCGUCCCCAUAGAGCUCACUGAUAAGCUCCAGAUCCUUCGGGAUCUCUAUUUUCGCAAUGACGAGCUCGGUCUUGAGCGGAAGUACGGACUACAACGGCCAGCCCAGGGUGGCGGCACCGGCGAUGACGACGACAACGACGACGACGACGAUGAGGAAAAGAAUGAUGAUGAUGAUGACGUCAACGACGACGAGUGCGAUUUUGAUGACGGCGGCGAGCCAACUGAGGAGGGCGACGAUGAUGAGGAAGAGGAAAGGUACGAGGAAGUAGGGGGCCCAUCAAAGAAGAGGAGCCCUCGCAAGCAAGGAAGGGGUCUGGGAAGAGGAGGCAAGAAGAUUUCCCGCCGAGCCCGCUCUGACUCCGGCUUCUGUUGGGAGUUUGGACCGAACUCAACCUCCCAGAGUGCCAUGGAAGGCUAUGUUCCUGCUUUGCGUGGUCCAGGCUAG